GAGGAUAAAAAACCUUUUGUGGUGGGGCAGCACCUACUGUAGUGUGUCUGCAUGCUUUCAUUUGUUAAUUCAAAACAUUUGUGAAGCACAAGGACUCACUUCGUCUUACUCCUAACACUAGUCCUCGAUAGUAUUGGAAUCUUCAGAAAUCAAUUAUAUUCAGCGGUGUUGAGAGAGGAUCUACCUCAGGCCUGAUUUUACCCCAUUCUACUUCUCUGCCCCUGGGCCAUGGUACAUCAGAGUAUAGCAGCUACAACAUGAGUGUAACUUCAUCCACCACCCUUGAGAGCCAGCUGACCACCACCUGGGGCCCUAACAACUCCUACCCUGAUGUUCCUUUGGUGAUGUCUGGUUAUACAAGUCGCCUGUGGACUCGUGACAAUCAGCCUCAGUUCUGGAAUAAAUACCAGGUGUGGGAGUGGCUGCAGCAGGUCAUGGACAUGAACCAGAUCGAUGCCUCCAGCAUUCCCUUCCAAAACUUUGAUAUGGACGGCAAUCAACUGUGCAGCCUGAGCUACCAGGACUUCCUCCGCGCUGCCGGCUGCGUGGGACCCAUUCUCUUCCACAGCAUCACAGAUCUCAAGUGGAGCGGGCAGUACCAUGUGGACCUGGGACAACUGGAACUUAAACCAGAAUUAGACUUCUCCUGUCCAUUUCCAGAUGUCAGCUAUCCACCUGGAGAAAUCUACGAUCCUUUGACUCAUCCCCUCGCCCCUGUGGCCUCCCCCACCCCGUCCAGCCCUGAUAUCAAAAGGUCUUUCAGUCGUCAGGUCAAGAAACACAAUCCAAGGGGGACCCAUUUGUGGGAGUUCAUCAGGGACAUUCUGCUGAACCCGGAGCGAAACCCCGGGCUGAUCAAGUGGGAGGAUCGGACAGAGGGGGUUUUCCGCUUCCUUAAGUCAGAGGCAGUGGCACAGUUAUGGGGCAAGAAGAAGAAUAACAGCAGCAUGACCUACGAGAAACUAAGCCGGGCGAUGAGAUAUUACUACAAAAGAGAAAUCCUGGAGCGAGUAGACGGUCGCAGACUGGUUUACAAGUUUGGAAGGAAUGCAAGAGGAUGGAGGGAGUCAGACAAGUGACAAUUUGUUUUAUUUAUGUUUUCUUUAUAUGCAAAUUAUGUUUUUGAUUGUAGUUUUGAUGUACCGUGUUUGAAAAAGAUGUUUGAACUGUUUACACAUUGUUGAUAAUUAUAUGUUUGCCUUAUUAUUUGUCUUUCUUUACAUACAUCCCUGUGUUGUGACACUGAACUGAGAUCUUUUUUACUGUGCCUUAUUAAAGUUGUUUAUUGAACCAGCAUGACAGCAGCCAAACCUUUUUUACGCUCGUGUGUUUACAUCUCACUAAUGAAAAGGAUAUCCCAAACUGCCAACAUGAAACAUUGUGAAUUCUUGUUCAGAUAUUACAGGUCCCAAAGGAGCAAAUGUUGAUAGCAUUCAAAACACACAUGGCAAACCGAUGUAUGUUUUGACACUCAUACUGUGAAGUGUCCUUUGAGAAGGAUGCUUGAUCAUCAUAAAAAAAAAUAUAUAUAAUUAUAAUACAUCAACCUUCCAUGAGUGCAAUACAGCUAUGAAGUACACAACGCAUAAACAAGUGAUACAUAUUUACAUCAACAUAAUAGAAUGGUUUGUUUAUUUGGUUUGUUCCAUGAUAUUUUGCAUUCACUGAGCUGUGAAGAAAGUGUGUAAAUGUUUGCUUAUGUUUGAUACAAAUAAAGCGUGUUGUUUUUA